AUGUCGCUGCACGGCAAGAGAAAAGAAAUCUACAAAUACGAGGCGCCAUGGACGGUUUACGCCAUGAACUGGAGCGUGCGACCGGACAAACGUUUUCGCUUGGCGCUGGGAAGCUUCGUGGAAGAAUACAACAACAAGGUUCAGCUGGUGGGGCUGGAAGAAGAGAGUUCGGAGUUCGUGUGUCGGAACACCUUCGACCACCCGUACCCCACCACCAAGAUCAUGUGGAUCCCAGACACUAAGGGGGUCUACCCAGACCUGCUGGCAACCAGCGGAGACUACCUGCGGAUCUGGAGGGUCAGUGACACAGAAACACGUCUGGAAUGUUUGCUGAACAACAACAAGAACUCCGAUUUCUGUGCACCGCUCACAUCCUUUGACUGGAACGAGGUGGACCCUAACCUGCUCGGCACAUCCAGUAUCGACACCACCUGCACCAUUUGGGGUCUGGAGACAGGUCAGGUUCUCGGCCGUGUCAACUUGGUAUCGGGACAUGUCAAGACGCAGCUCAUAGCCCAUGACAAAGAGGUAUACGACAUUGCUUUCAGUCGUGCUGGCGGCGGCCGUGACAUGUUCGCGUCGGUGGGCGCCGACGGCUCGGUGCGCAUGUUCGACCUGCGUCAUUUGGAGCACAGCACCAUCAUCUACGAGGACCCCCAGCAUCACCCGCUGCUGCGCCUCUGCUGGAACAAGCAAGACCCCAACUACUUGGCCACCAUGGCCAUGGACGGCAUGGAGGUUGUGAUUCUAGACGUUCGCGUGCCAUGCACACCAGUUGCUCGCCUCAACAACCACCGUGCCUGCGUCAACGGCAUCGCCUGGGCACCGCACUCCUCAUGUCACAUCUGCACUGCAGCCGAUGACCACCAGGCUCUGAUCUGGGACAUCCAGCAGAUGCCACGCGCCAUCGAGGACCCCAUCCUGGCGUACACUGCUGAGGGUGAGAUCAACAACGUGCAGUGGGCGUCCACGCAACCCGACUGGAUUGCCAUCUGCUACAACAACUGCCUGGAGAUUCUGCGCGUCUGA